AUGGCUAUGCGGCGCACCGUCGUAUUCGCGGCUCACACACUCACGAUUCCAGUCCCCAAGAACCGACGCCCAAAGUUUGACCUGCACCUGAGGAUCCUCGACCUCAACAACGUCCCCCUCGUGUCGGGCACGUCGUUUAUAAAAUGGCACCUCGCGCACUCGACGGCCGCCGAGCACCGCGGCCGCACCAGCAGCUGCCCCGUCAAGGACCACAAGGUUGCCUACGACUACGAGGCGACGCUGCCCGUCCGGCUGACGGUGGACAAGAGCGGCAUGCUGCAGGAAUGCUACAUUGAGUUUGAGGUUGUGCAAGAGUACGGCACCGCCAAGGGCGAGAGAAUCACACUGGGCACCAUCAGGCUCAACCUGGCCGAGUAUGUCGAGCAGAGCGAGAUGGGCACUGCUGCCGGCGAAGAGCCCGGCGUCACCAGGCGCUACCUCAUGCAGGACAGCAAGGUCAACAGCACGCUCAAGAUUGGCAUCUACAUGCGCCAGGUCGAGGGCGACAAGAACUUCAUUGCGCCCGCCCUGAAGACGGCCCAGGUCUUCAGCGGCAUUGCGGGCAUCAUGGCCGGCGACCAGGCCGAGCUCGAGGACCAAGGAGCCACACACUCGUUGACCAACAAGUCGCGCGAAGCCGGCGAGCUGCAAGACAUGUACAGGCGCACGCUGGCGGCAUACUGGUCGGCGCAGCCCGGCGAGCUCAAGGCCGACGAGUGCAUUGAAGACAUAUUUGCUGGCGGCGACGGCUGGGGCGACCGCGACAAGGCGUCGUCGCACGCCCGCCCGCAAGUGUUGCGCUUUGCGGGCGGCGACAGCAGUGGAUCAGUGAGCGAGAACGAAUCGAGGCACAUGCACAGCAGCAGUAUAAGCCGCAAGUCGCAUGAAACACUGCGGCCCGGGGACAUGAAACCCGCGCGCUCGCAAAACGUGCGAGGCCGAGAGAGCCUGGAGCAGCGGGCAUCCCACAUGAAGGCGGAGGCGGCGCGGCAACGGCAGCGUCCGAACCAAGAGGUGGACGAGUUUGAUCUGCGCGAGGACCUGGUCAGCUGGCACCGGCCAACGUGA